GUAGUUAGUUUUGUAAUUGUCAAAACAAAAAAAAAAAUUAACUUUUUUUUUGGUUUCAGUGGACAUGGAAGCUUCUCAAAUGACCCGAGGUUGAACAGUGUGGUGGGUCACCUUCUUCAUUCCUCUAUUCUAGUCCCUUACCAUGGCUGGAGAAUUAGCCACAGAACUCACCACCAGAACCAUGGACAUGUUGAGAACGACGAAUCUUGGCAUCCUAUGUCUGAGAAAAUCUACGAGAGUUUGGACAAACCGAUUCGGUUCUUUAGAUUCACACUGCCUCUCGUCAUGCUCGCUUACCCUUUCUACUUGUGGGCAAGAAGUCCGGGGAAGAAGGGUUCUCAUUACCAUCCAGACAGCGACUUGUUCCUUCCUAAAGAGAGAAAUGAUGUUCUCACUUCUACCGCUUGUUGGACUGCAAUGGCUGCUCUGCUUGUCUGUCUCAACUUCGUGAUGGGUCCAAUGCAAAUGCUGAAACUUUAUGUGAUUCCUUACUGGAUAAAUGUUAUGUGGUUGGACUUUGUGACUUACCUGCAUCACCAUGGUCAUGAAGAUAAGCUCCCUUGGUACCGUGGGAAGGAAUGGAGUUACUUGAGAGGAGGACUUACAACAUUGGACCGUGACUACGGAUUGAUCAACAACAUCCAUCACGACAUUGGAACUCAUGUGAUACAUCAUCUUUUCCCUCAGAUCCCACAUUAUCAUCUAGUAGAAGCAACAGAAGCAGCUAAACCAGUAUUAGGGAAGUAUUAUAGGGAGCCUGAUAAGUCUGGACCUUUGCCAUUGCAUUUACUGGGAAUCUUAGCAAAAAGUAUUAAAGAAGAUCAUUUUGUGAGCGAUGAAGGAGAUGUUGUAUACUAUGAAGCAGACCCUAAUCUCUAUGGACAGAUCAAGGUAACAUCAGAAUGAAAUGAAGCAUGCAAAGAGAGAAAGAGAGAGAAGCUGUCAGAUUUAUCUAUUUCUGACCAGCUGAUUUUUUUUGCUUAUUAAUGUCAAUUCAUUGUGUUACCAUUAUCUCUGAAUACAAUCAGAUGGAAACCCCAACUUUGUUUUCAAUACUUGAAGCAUAUAUAUAAGAUACAUUGUACUGUCAUUA